AUGUCGAAUCCCCUAGACUCUGACCAGGGCACCGAGCAAUUCGACAGCUAUGAGGCCGAACUCAAACUCGUCGAGGCCGACCUCAAUCAGAAACUAGACCAGGUAGAAGAACUGACUGGCGAGGAGCGCAAAGCUGCUGUGCGCGGUGCAGAGCGUGCAAUCGAAGAAGCCAAAGAACUCCUAGAUCAAAUGAACCUGACCAAAUCGUCCAUUCCCACGACCCUCCGCUCCAAGAUCAACACUCGCUACCGCAACCACCAGUCCGACCUCGAUGCCUCCACCCGCCGACUCAAGACCCUCGCCCGCCCCGCCGGCGGCGCCGACAGCGACCGCGCCCAGCUCUUCGGCGAGCGCUACACCGACGACCCAAACCCGCACGACGCCGCCCUAGAACAGCGCCAGCAACUCCUGUCCGGCACAGAGCGCCUCGGGCGCAGCGGAGACCGGUUGCGAGAGUCGCAGCGUGUAGCGCUGGAGACGGAGCAGAUCGGCGCCAGCACGCUUGCGGAUCUGCACCAGCAAAGGAACGUCAUUGAGAACACGCAUCGUAAUCUGCUGCAGAGUGAGGGCUAUGUGGAUCGCAGUGUGAAGACUCUACGAGGGAUGGCGAGACGGAUGGCGACGAAUCGGAUCAUCACGAUUGCGAUUAUUACCGUGCUGGUAUUGUUGAUUAUUGGCGUCAUCUACAGCAAAUUCAAAUGA